ACAGCGCGCGCCGGGAGGUGGCGGUUUCCCGUGCGUCCGCCCUCUCCCCACACAGACACAGACCCUCACACACACACACACACACAGAGAGACAGAGACUGAGAAAGGAUGGAUGACGAGGAGGAGACCUACCGCCUGUGGAAGAUCCGCAAAACCAUCAUGCAGCUUUGCCACGACCGGGGGUACUUGGUCACGCAGGACGAGUUGGAUCAGACGCUGGAGGAGUUUAGGAAUCAGUUUGGAGAUAAGCCGAGCGAGGGCCAUCCUCGGCGAUCAGACUUGACGGUGCUUGUUGCUCAUAACGAUGAUCCCACCGAUCAGAUGUUUGUUUUCUUCCCAGAGGAGCCUAAAGUUGGGAUUAAAACCAUCAAGAUGUAUUGCCAGCGCAUGCAGGAAGAGAACAUCACCAGAGCUAUCAUUGUGGUACAACAAGGAAUGACCCCAUCAGCCAAACAGUCCCUCGUUGACAUGGCUCCCAAGUACAUCCUCGAGCAAUUCCUGCAGCAGGAACUUCUGAUUAACAUCACAGAACACGAGCUGGUUCCAGAGCAUAUAGUGAUGACCAAGGAGGAGGUGACAGAGUUACUUGCACGAUACAAACUAAAGGAAAGCCAGCUGCCUAGGAUACAAGCUGGUGAUCCUGUGGCCCGAUACUUUGGAUUAAAAAGAGGACAGGUUAUUAAGAUUAUCAGACCCAGCGAAACUGCAGGAAGGUACAUAACCUACAGAUUGGUACAGUGACCCGUGCUGUGCGCUGAUUUGCCCCGAUUCAUUGGCAAAGGGAGUCUUUUGGUUAGUUCUAUAACCAACCGUAUGGGACUUGAAAUUUACCUUUUUUUUAAAAAAUGAACAGCUUGGUGCUCGUGUGUUGAGAUGGCGGAAACGGCCGUUUAUACCGAUGACAAGAAAGUGAAUCGCCAUUUAGUCUUAAAGUUCGCAUUUUAAUAACUCGCUUUUACACUGCAUUAUGUCAUCACGGUUAAUAAAGUGAAAGAGCAGC